UUCUGAGUUAUUUAAUAUAAAGUAGUGUGUGAGUCAAGUGUGGAUAUAUCGCAUGCCAACAGGUUUACAAAAUAUCUUUAUAAAUAACUUUCAAUUUUAAUUUUACUCAACUGCAUAUAUAAUGUUUAGGAGAAUCUUUCUGUAAAAAUGCCAUGUUGUGUUUGGUUAUAGUCGGCCAUGUUGAUUUUCGGCCUGAAAACAGCAAAAAUGUAAAACAUGAUACAAAAAGUCCCGCAAUUAUAUAUUGAGCCUUGUAUUGAUAGUGUAAACUAGCAAAGUAAUCGGUAACUUAAGCAGUAUUUUACUUACAGAUGUAGUGGAAUAGAGGUACAAAUAAUCAAAAAAUGGAAAACCUAAAGUGAGCUACAGUGCUUAAGUAAAUGCACUUUCCUUCCGUGAUUCAUUUCAGGAUUGAUGUAUUAGUUCGGUUUAGAUGUCCCACUGCAAAAAAAAAAAGAACAAAAAAAGACAUCUGCAGCUGAACUUGAAAGCCUCAUUGAACUGCUGCAAACUGUUGCCUUUCUCAGCUUUGGCAAAGUGAGUCACGUUUUCUGUUCAAACAAACUGUGGGAUUCUGUUUCUGCCUCUGUGCUGCGUUUUCCUCCUGAGUGAAGCUCUCAUGUGGAUGCUGCCUCCAGCCAGGUGAGCUCAGACUGUCAGCAGUGAGUGUCUGAAGGCUGAUGAAGACUGUUGUUGUUCCAGCUCCCUCCUCCUCCUCCUCUUCCUCCUCCUCCUCCUCCUCUUCCUCCUCCGCAGCAUCAGCAGCAGCAGCAGAAGGAUCGCAAGAUGGUAGCAGCGCACACUUCUUCGCAUUCGUCGGAAUCUGCCGAGUGGAUUAUUUGCCUGGAUAAAAGACCAGCGGAGCGCUCGGGGGAAGAUGUUGACAUAAUCUUGGCUCGUCUGAAAAACGUGAAAGCCUUUGAGAGAUUCCACCCGAGUUUGCUGCAGCAGAUUUGUCUGUGUGGAUUCUAUGAGUGUCUGGAGAAAGGCAUCACCUUGUAUCGCCAAGGAGACAUUGGUACCAGCUGGUACGCCGUGCUUUCUGGUUCGCUGGAUGUUAAAGUGUCUGAGACAUCAAGUUAUCAGGAUGCUGUUACUAUAUGCUCACUGGGGACUGGCACAGCGUUUGGGGAGUCGAUCCUGGAUAACACCCCCCGACAUGCCACCAUUGUCACCCGGGAAUUCAGCGAGCUCCUACGCAUUGAACAGAGGGAGUUCAGGUCUCUGUGGGAGAAAUAUCAUCACUGCAUGGCUGGACUACUCGCCCCACCCUAUGGUGUGAUGGAAAGCAGUGCUGACAGAAUGCCGGACAAAGAGAACAUAAGCAACAACUCCUUUGUUUCAGUCUCCAAACAUCAGAAUAAGAACUCAUUCAUUGAAAGUCCAGCCAAACCCCACCCUAAAUGCAUUUCUCAGGUUCCCUCUGAGAAGCUCCUUCGUGCGGGGAAGGUUCUCCGAAAUGCCAUCCUCUCCAGGGCGCCGCACAUGAUCAGAGACAGAAAGUACCAUCUGAAGACAUACAGGCAGUGCUGUGUGGGGACAGAGCUGGUGGACUGGCAAAUGCAGCAGAGCUCCUGCGUCCACUCUCGGGUUCAGGCUGUGGGCAUGUGGCAGGUGCUGCUGGAAGAAGGUGUCCUCAACCACGUGGACCAUGAGCUGAGCUUCCAGGACAAAUACCUUUUCUACCGCUUCCUGGACGAUGAGCAGGAGGACGCCCCUUUACCCAGCGAGGAGGAGAGGAAGGAGAGCCAAGAGGAGCUGCAGGACACUCUGCUCCUCCUCUCCCAGAUUGGACCUGAUGCCCACAUGAGGAUGAUUCUGAAGAAACAUCCGUCUGAGAGAACAGCAGAUGAUUUGGAGAUCAUUUAUGAAGAACUGCUCCAUAUUAAGGCCUUGUCACACCUGUCCACCACUGUAAAGAGAGAACUGGCAGGAGUGCUGAUCUUUGAGUCGCAUGCAAAGGCAGGAACAGUGUUGUUCAACCAAGGAGAGGAGGGCACAUCCUGGUACAUUAUUUUAAAGGGCUCCGUCAACGUUGUCAUCUAUGGAAAGGGCGUUGUUUGCACUCUCCAUGAAGGAGAUGACUUCGGGAAGCUGGCUCUUGUCAACGACGCCCCCCGAGCCGCCUCCAUUGUCCUACGAGAAGACAACUGUCACUUCCUGAGAGUAGACAAGGAGGACUUCAACAGGAUCCUGAGGGAUGUGGAGGCCAACACUGUGCGACUGAAGGAACACGGUCUGGAUGUUCUGGUGUUGGAGAAAAGUCUCAGCAGCAGCCGAACCUCCAUCCAGGGGUCAUCAGCCUCCCAUUACAAAUACAAGGUAAUGUCUGGGACGCCGGAGAAGAUUUUGGAGCACCUCCUUGAAAUGAUGCGAUUGGAUUCUCAAUUCACAGAGUCAGAUUCAGCCUUGGAUGACUUUGUGCUCAUGCACUGUGUCUUCUUACCAAACAGUCAGCUUUGUCCAGUGCUACUAGCCCACUACCAUGCUCAGGCCUCGCAGGGCUCUGAGCAGGAGAAGCUGGACUACACACUGAACAACAAGCGCAGGGUGAUCCGCCUGGUGAUGCGUUGGGCUGCGGUACACGGAGAUCAGCUGCAGCAGGAUGAGGUCUCAGUGGCCUUCCUAGAGGAGUUUUUCUUGGCAGUAUCUAAUGAUGCCAAAGUACUUCCAACCCUCAGGGAUCAACUAAUAGAAUUGGAGAGAACUGUAAAGCGCAAUGCUGAAGAUGCCAGGUCCUUACAGAAAAAGCACAAAAUCCUGUUGCGGCAGUUCAGUAUGGGAGAUGAGAAGCUUCAGAAACGGCAGCCAAUCAAGAGUAACGAUGAAAUUCUGUUCAAAGUCUACUGCUGCGACCACACCUACACCACCAUCCGGGUCUCGGUGGCCGCCUCGGUCAGGGAGGUCAUUGGCGCUGUGGCCGACAAACUGGGGUCAGCGGAGGACCUGCUCCUGGUCAACCUGAGCUCAGCAGGAGAGAAAUCCGUCUUCAAGCCCAACGAUGUGUCAGUUUUCUCCACACUCAGCAUAAAUGGACGAUUGUUUGCCUGCCGGAGGGACCAGUUGGAUUCCCUGACUCCUCUACCUGAGCAGGAGGGCCCCUCUACAGGGUCGCUGACUACCUUCGAGUUGAUGAGCUCUAAGGAUGUGGCUUACCACAUGACUUCCUAUGACUGGGAGCUAUUUCACUGUGUACAUGAGCUGGAACUUAUCUACCACACAUUCGGGAGGCAGUGCGUAAAGAAAACCACCGUGAACCUGGACCUGUUCCUGAGGAGGUUUAAUGAAAUUCAGUUUUGGGUGAUCACAGAGAUGUGUCUGUGUUCUCAGCUCAGCAAACGAGUGCAGCUCCUCAAGAAGUUCAUCAAGAUCGCUGCCCACUGUAAGGAGUACAGGAAUCUGAACGCCUUCUUUGCUGUCAUCAUGGGGCUGAGUAACCCGGCUGUGAGCAGACUGACUCAGACCUGGGAGAAACUUCCGAGCAAAUUCAAGAAGUUUUACGUGGAGUUUGAAAACAUGAUGGACCCGUCCAGGAACCACCGGGCGUACCGGCUGACCGUGGCCAAGCUGGAACCUCCCAUCAUUCCCUUCAUGCCACUGCUGAUCAAAGACAUGACAUUCACUCAUGAGGGCAACAAGACAUUUAUCGACAAUUUGGUCAAUUUUGAGAAAAUGCGGAUGAUAGCUAACACAGUGAAGAUAGUGAGAUACUGUCGCAGCCAAACGUUCAGUCCGGACUCACCGCUGGCCAGCAAGAACCACCAAGACGUCUGGUCGUACGUUCGUCAGCUCAGCGUCAUCGACAACCAGAGGACGCUAACUCAGCUCUCUCAUGAACUUGAGCCACGCAGGUCUUGAAAGCACUCAGGGACAAAGAUGUUACAGGCGGAUGCUGCUUCACAACAUGACGUUUGUUUGCACUAACAGUACGAGCAAUCACAUGGAGGACCUAAUGACGCAUCAGAUAAUGAGAUAUUGUUUCAGAAGCUGUUACCUGACUUGUUAAGCCUUUUAUUACAGUAAUUUGUGAUAUUUUAACAGCAGUAAUUGUUGGCGGGUGAAGUACCUCUCAUAUCACUGUCACGCAGAUAUUAGAUCAUCUCCAACUCAGACAACUGAAGUAAAAUAAAACUCUUCGGGGGAUCUCAUUCAUCAGAUUAUUGUGUAACAUUGCAGACGUAAACACUAUGUGAUGCUUUACUACGCAAAGUUUCCUGAUAUUCAGUUGUUUCGUAUCUUUUGUAUCAAACAAUAUUUAUACAUAUUCAGCUUUGUGAGAUUCUUAUGUGUUGUAAAUUGUAUACAGAUAUUUAUUUUGACAUGAGCAUGCAGAGGAUUAUGAUCGACUUUUUAAUUCACGUGAGCACAGUUCUCUUUAAAUGCCUGAGAUAUCGUAAAUGUCUGAAAACUUUUUUUUGUCCCCUGUAAAUAUUAAAUAUUUUAGAUGUA